AUGAACAAUAUUGAAUCUACAAGUACAUUAUUUGAAAUGUUUGAAUCUAUGGAAUUUAAUCAAUCAUCUGUUGCUAUGUAUCAAUCAAAUAUGUUAUCAUCAUCAGCUCCUGAUUCAGGAGUUGAUUCAAAACCAAGACAAAUUUUAGGUGAAUCUGUUUUUAAUCAAUUUAUUAAAACUCAAGAAUUAAAUUCAGAAUUCCCUCUUGGUUUAGAAAAAAUUGAAAUUCCAGAAUUAAGUCCAAGUAUUGGUACUAUUACUCCAUUACAAUUACAUUCAUCAGUUGUUGAAUCAAUAUUUGAUCCUAUAAUGGAAAAUCAAAGUCCAAUGUUUGAUGAAGUUGAAUUAGAUUCUGAAAAUUGGAAUUCAUUAUUUGAACCAAAUGAAUUGGAAAUUAAACAAGAAGAAACAACACCAGAACCAAAACAAGUUUCUUCUCAUUUAAUUGAUGAAGUUGCUUCAAAACCUAUUAUGAAACGUUCUUCAAGUGAAGCUGAAUUAGAAUUACCAUCAACCAAAAAAUCAUCACCAUCACCAAAACCUCAACCUCAAUCAACUCCAUCAACUUCAAAUACAGAUCAUUUAGGUGUUGUCUCAUACAACAGAAAACAACGUUCAAUUCCAUUAUCACCAAUUCAAAUUGAUGAAUCUUUAGAUCCAAUUUCUCAAAAAAGAGCAAGAAAUACAGAAGCUGCACGUCGUUCAAGAGCAAGAAAAAUGGAAAGAAUGAAUCAAUUGGAGGAUAAAGUUGAAAUUUUAGUUUCAAAGAAUUCUCAAUUGGAGAAUGAAGUUUUAAGAUUAAGAAGUUUAUUACAACAAUCUGGUCAAUCUUUCUGA